AAAAUUUUCACGUCACAUUUGUUUUGUUUUGGUGUUGUUGCCGAUUCUUAUUACAUUUUCUCUUUAAUUGUUUAAAAUUAGUAUUUUAAAUUAGUGCAAUAAUAAAUCUAAGUUAAACUCCACAAAUGUCUGACGAAGAACAACCAGCGAAAAAAUCUAAAAUGACAACAACAGAGGAACAAAAAGAUUCAACCGAAUCACCGGCAAUCAAAACAUGUGCCCAUUUUGUCAAGCGCAAGAAACGCUAUUGUAAAAUGACAGUGGCCAGGGGUAAAGAGUAUUGUGGUGAACAUGAACCAGCGGUGAAAGAAGAUUCAAAUGAUACUGCUCUAGACAGCGAGCGAAUCCCUUGUCCCUUGGAUGGCAAACAUACAGUUUAUAAAAAGAAUUUAAGAAAACAUUUAAAAAUUUGUAAUGCCCGCCCUACAGAUGACCAACCGGAGUAUAUACAAAAGAAUGUUAAUGCUGGAAGUGACAAUGAAGAGUCAAUGCAAGAUGAAUUGAAAAAUAUUAAACUAAACGAUUUGGAAGAUGAGGAAUUUUAUGGAGUUAUUGAUAUAGUUAAGAAAUUGUAUGAGAAAUUUGUAGAAAAUAAAAUACAAAAAUUAGAAUGUCAUCACAAGUGCAUGGAUGAAGAAUUGGCUAAAGAAGAGUAUGGCAAAGAGUCGCGUAAACAUUUAGUACAAGCUGGCGCUUUAUUGGGUAUUUUGGAAAAGGAACAGCAAAUAGGAAAUUCCACCAGUUUUGUCGAAUUUGGAGCCGGUAAAGGCCAACUGGCUUUUUAUUUAGCCAAGCUAUUAGAGAAGAAAGAAAACUCUCAAGUGGUUUUAGUAGAUCGUAUGUCUUUACGCCACAAGAAGGACAAUAAAAUAGAAGAUCGUUCUCUGGUGCAACGUAUAAGAGCAGACAUAGCCGAUUUUUGUAUAGAUAAAUUAUCAAAUUUAAAGAACUCCCAACAUUGUGUGGCUGUUUCCAAACAUUUAUGUGGAGGCGCUACAGACUUAACCUUACGUUGCAUAAUCCAGGCCCAACAAAAAUUUACCGACUUCAUAAUGAUCGCCUUGUGCUGUCAUCAUCGUUGCGAUUGGCGUUCAUUUGUAGGUAAGAAUUUUCUCAAAGAACAUCAAAUAUCUCAGCGUCAAUUUGUUAUUAUUACUAAAAUGGUAAGUUGGGCGAUUUGUGGCACCGGCAUGAGCAGAGAAAGACGUAAGGCCUUAGAGGAACAGCAAUUAACAGCACAGGAGGUGGCUGAAAUCAAUGCAAAUCAACGUUUAUCUUUAGCGGAACGUGAAACUAUAGGUUUUAUGUGUAAACGUAUUUUGGACUAUGCACGUUUGGUUUAUUUACGAAAAAAUGGUUAUGAGGCUGAUUUGCAUUAUUAUGUGGAUCGAGAGAUUACAUUAGAAAAUGUAGUAUUAUUGGCGAAAAGGACAAGGAAGUGUGUUUAAUAUACAUAAUUGUGUUAUGUAAAGGUAAAAUUUUUAAUAAAUGCAUUUCCAGAUAUGUUUGUUAAAUGAUU